AACGAGGUGGCACUAUUGUUGAGUUAGAACGAUAGAAUCAUCAUCUUGCUUUAGGGGACAGGAGGAUUUAAAGGAGGUACCUUGCAGCCCUAUUUUACAGAUUGGAAGCGUCGGUUUCAGGGCACUGGCAGGAUCGUUGGCUUGUUCUCGGCGGCCGCCGCUGCCUUGUCGGGGCUGCGUGGAAUGGAAGUCCUAGUUGGUACUCUGUCAUGGAAACGCUGUUUACUGUUAUUGUAGUACCGUAGUGACAACAUGCCAUUGAAAUGGAAAACGGGCUCUCCUGCUAUCUGGAAAUUCCCAGUUCCUGUGCUUAAAACAUCCAGGUCAACUCCACUUUCUCCAGCAUACAUAUCUCUGGUGGAGGACGAAGACCAGCACAUGAAAUUGUCCCUCGGAAGCAGCGACAUGGGUCUCUCGUCGCAUCUGCAGUGUUCCAAGUCAGGAACCACACGCAUCUUUACCAGCAACACCCACAGUUCCGUGGUGUUACAGGUAAUCCGAGCGGUCUCUUCGGUGAUGUUCAAGUGGCCCCAGAAACCACACAGGAUGCUUGUGACGUGUGACGUGAUGGUGGGGGCCGAGGGGCGUGCAUGUGCGUGGGCAGAGUGCCUGUGGGAACUCUCUGUACUUUCCGUUCUCUUUUGCCGCGGACCUAAAACUGCUCUUAAACAAUUAAGUUUCGUGAUCGCACACAGAGCAAACAGACCUCAGAGAAGAAGCCUUGGGUGGAAAACUGCAUACCUUCCUGAUGUUCAAAACAAAAAAGCCCCAGAGUUCGUUAUUUGUUUUGUUUGUAUGAAGAAGGUCGUGCUCUCGGCCACUUUCCCAAAGAAUGUUAGGUCUGGGAACAUUGACUUUCCAGUUUGUUUCAGCCAAUAUAAAUAUCACAGUGCCCUGCGCCAAAUUUUCUGGUUCCUCACUCAUGACCUGUUUUAACUGUCACCUUGUUAUCAUAGUUCUGAAGAUCAUAUUUAUUGGUGUCUCAGCUCAUUGACAGUAGUAGUAGGUGUGGGAGUAUAGAUAAGGACAGCUGGACGUAAACACACUGAUAGAUGUAAGUGGUAACAAGUGCCAAAGGACAGGACGGAAAUACAAUAGAAAGCCAAGAGAAAAAAAAAAAAAAACAGAUAUCACAGACUGCGAUGUGGUUGGGGCGCCUGGCGGCUCCGUGGGUCAAGCAUCCGACUUCGGCUCAGGUCACGAUCCCACCGUUCCCGAGUUCGAGCCCCGAUUCGGGCUCUGUGCGGACAGCUCAGAGCCUGGAGCCUGCUUUGGAUUCUGUGUUUGUCUCUCUCUGCCUCUCCCCUGCUCGCACUCUCUCUCUGUA